CGUGGUCGCCCCGCGCGCACAGCUGUGCGCAGGGGCAGUGUUGCUGCAAGAGUGGUCGCCUUCUGAGACGGCGGAUUCUCAGAGGGGGAGCUCGAAACGGUCAAUGGAUUCAAGACCUGACACUGCCUCUGGAUUCACAAGGAUCUAAAGAUCAUCAGUCUUUGACCGUGGAAUGAUCCAGGCUCUGCCUCCUGGGAAGAGUAUACAGUUAUGGAUGUGACUGUAAAAGCACUGAGGGUAUUGGAAAGGGAAGACUUGCGGUUCUGAAACUGAAACCAACAAUCACCCUGGGACCUGAUAGAGAUAUUGCGCCUUCAGUAUAAUCUGACUGGGAACAUGAAUGAACCUAACACGGACCCCGGUGGGGAGAAACCAUACACCUGCGCUGUGUGUUUCCGAAGUUUCGGCCAAUCGGCUGGCCUGUUAAGACACAAAUGGAGCUGCGAUGGAGUGAAGCAGUGCAAGUGCGGAGACUGUGGGAAGGGAUUCAAUUACCUGUCUGAGUUGGAAACUCACCAACGCAGUCACAGCGGGGAGAGGCCGUUCACCUGCGCUGAGUGUGGGAAAGGAUUCACUCGGACCUCCGAACUGCUGAGGCAUCAACGGGUUCACACUGACGAGAGACCUUUCAAAUGCUCGGAUUGUGGAAAGUUCUACAAAAGCUCUGGGGAGCUGGCCUCCCAUCGAUUUGUUCACACCGACGAGACGCCGUUCAGAUGUUCUCAGUGUGGGACCGGGUUCAGAAAAUUGGAUUACCUUCACCGACACCAGCGCAUUCACGGGGAGAGGCCGUUCCCCUGCCCGGAAUGUGGCAAGGGAUUCACUAACACAUCCCGCCUGCUCAUCCACCAGCGGGUCCACACUGGGGAGAGACCAUUCACCUGCUCCGAGUGUGGAAAGGGUUUCACUCAGUCUUCUCACCUUCUGGAACACCGUCGGGUUCACACCGAUGACAGACCUUUUAAAUGCCCAGACUGCGGCAAGUGCUUUAAAAGUUCCGGGGAACUGAUAUCCCACCAACGUAUCCACACGGACGAGAGGCCGUUCAGGUGCUCUCGCUGCGGGACUGGCUUCAGGCAAUCGUCUCAACUCACUGCCCACCAGCGAGUCCACACCGGGGAGAGGCCGUACAGCUGUCCCAAGUGUGGGAAGGGAUUCACUCACUCUUCCCACCUGCUGACACACCAGCGAGUCCACACCGGGGAGAAACCAUUCGCCUGCUCUGUGUGUGGGAAGCGAUUCAGUCACUCGUCCACCCUGCUGACGCACCAGCGCGUACACACUGGGGAGAGGCCUUUCACCUGCACCAAGUGCGGGAUUGGAUUCACUCAGUUAUCUGCCCUGCAGACCCACCAACGGGUUCACAGCGGCGAGAGGCCUUUCAAAUGUCCCGAUUGUGGGAAGUGUUACAAAAGUUCCCAGGGGCUGACAUCCCACCAAAGUGUUCACACCGGGGAGUGGCCCUUCGCCUGCUCCGAGUGUGGGAAGGGCUUCACUCAGCUCUCCGGCCUGGCGACACACCAGCAGGUUCACACUGGGGAGAGACCAUUCACCUGCACCAUCUGUGGUAAGGGAUUCACCCGAUCGUCCAACCUACUGAGGCACCGGGGAGUUCACAAGUCCCUGCAGAAGGAGGAGCCGGCCGAUCGCGCUAAUACGCUGAGAGAUUUCGUGAAGGUCUCGUGUAAGCCGCAAACACCGAGUAGAGUUACCCCGCGCCGCCGUUUGCAUCCAAAUGACCGACGGCUCCGGGCUUCCUCCCGGCGGCAGGGCCGCUGCCGCCAUCUUUGUUGGGGGCACUGUGGCCCAGACGAGUGCGCGGCCGCCAUCUUUGUUGGGGGAGAAAGCACUGUUCACAACGGAGAGACGCUGCACACGCUUCCUGGUUGCUGCCAGGAUUUCAGCCAGUCUUCUGGUGUGUUGGAACACAACCAGAAAGAGAAGAAACCUUGGAAGUGUGGGGACUGUGCGAAGGGAUUCCGAUUCCCGUCCAAACUGGAGGUUCAUCGUCGCACUCACACUGGAGAAAGGCCAUUCACCUGCUCCAAGUGUGGGAAGGCUUUCACUCAGCUAUCACACUUGCGGAUACACCAGCUCGUUCACACUGACAAGAGACCUUUUCAGUGCCCAGACUGUGGGAAGUGCUACAAGAGUUCUGAUAAACUGACGUCCCAUCAACGUGUUCACACAGAUGAGAGACUGUUCAGGUGUUCUCAGUGCGGGACUGGGUUCGGGCGGUCAUCGCAACUGACUGCUCACCAGAGGGUUCACACCGGGGAGAGGCCGUUCACCUGCUCUGUGUGUGGGAAGGGGUUCAGACGGUCACAGCACCUGCGAGGGCACCAGCGAAUUCACACUGGGGAGAGACCGUUCCAUUGCCCGGACUGCUGGAUGUGCUUCAUAAGUUCUAAGGAUCUGGUGUCCCAUCAACUAGUUCACACUGAUGAGAGACCGUUCGUGUGUUCUCACUGCGGGACUGGGUUCAAGAAACCAUCCCGGCUGAUUGCCCACCAACGGAUCCAUUCUGGUGUGAGGCCAUUCACCUGUUCCGAGUGUGGCAAGGGAUUCACUCGCUCAUUCCACCUGCGAAGGCACCAGCAGGUUCACACUGGAGAGAAACCUUUUAAGUGUCUGAACUGUGGGAAAUGCUUCAAGUAUUCUGGGGAACUAAUCCGCCAUCAACAUGUUCACACUGGCGAGAGGCCGUUUCCCUGCUCUGUGUGUGGGAAGAGAUUUGCUCAAUCAUCCACCCUCCUGUCACACCAGAGAACACACACUGGAGAGAAGCCGUUUCCCUGCUCUGUGUGUGGGAAGAGAUUUGCUCAAAGAUCCUCCCUCCUGUCACACCAGAGAACACACAAUGGAGAGAAGCCGUUUCCCUGCUCUGUGUGUGGGAAGAGAUUUGCUAAUUCAUCCACCCUCCUGUCACACCAGCGGAUUCACAACUUAACCUUCAGUCUUGCAGAAAGGAAGGAGGAGCCGGCCGAUCGCGCUAAUACGCUGAGAGAUUUCGUGAAGGUCUCGUGUAAGCAGCAAACACCGAGUAGAGUUACCCCGCGCCGCCGUUUGCAUCCAAAUGACCGACGGCUCCAGGCUUCCUCCCGGCGGCAAGGCCCUUCGCCGCUGCCGCCAUCUUUGUUGGGGGCACUGUGGCUCAGACGAGAUUUCAGCCAGUCUUCUGGUGUGUUGGAACACAGCCAGAAAGAGAAGAAACCUUGGAAGUGUGGGGACUGUGCGAAGGGAUUCCGAUUCCCGUCCAAACUGGAGGUUCAUCGGCGCACUCACACUGGAGAAAGGCCAUUCACCUGCUCCAAGUGUGGGAAGGCUUUCACUCAGCUAUCACACUUGCGGAUACACCAGCUCGUUCACACUGACAAGAGACCUUUUCAGUGCCCAGACUGUGGGAAGUGCUACAAGAGUUCUGAUAAACUGACGUCCCAUCAACGUGUUCACACAGAUGAGAGACUGUUCAGGUUUCACACUGAUGAGAGACCGUUCGUGUGUUCUCACUGCGGGACUGGGUUCAAGAAACCAUCCCGGCUGAUUGCCCACCAACGGAUCCAUUCUGGUGUGAGGCCAUUCACCUGUUCCGAGUGUGGCAAGGGAUUCACUCGCUCAUUCCACCUGCGAAGGCACCAGCAGGUUCACACUGGAGAGAAACCUUUUAAGUGUCUGAACUGUGGGAAAUGCUUCAAGAAGGAGGAGCCGGCCGAUCGCGCUAAUACGCUGAGAGAUUUCGUGAAGGUCUCGUGUAAGCAGCAAACACCGAGUAGAGUUACCCCGCGCCGCCGUUUGCAUCCAAAUGACCGACGGCUCCGGGCUUCCUCCCGGCGGCAAGGCCCUUCGCCGCUGCCGCCAUCUUUGUUGGGGGCACUGUGGCUCAGACGACCUGAACAUCAUCCCGAUUUGAAUAUGGAAGGAGAAAGCAUUGUUCACAGCGGAGAGACACUGCACACGCCUCCUGGUUGCCGUCAGGAUUUCAGCCAGUCUUCUGGUGUGUUGGAACACAACCAGAAAGAGAAGAAACCUUGGAAGUGUGGGGACUGUGCGAAGGGAUUCCGAUUCCCGUCCGAGCUGGAGGUUCAUCGGCGCACUCACACUGGAGAAAGGCCAUUCACCUGCUCCAAAUGUGGGAAGAGGUUCACUCUGUUAUCCCAUCUGCUGACCCACCAGAGGGUUCACACAGGAGAGAGGCCGUUCACCUGCACCGAGUGUGGGAAGGCUUUCACUCAGCUGUCGCACUUGCUGAAACACCAGCUCGUUCACACCGACAAGAGACCUUUUCAGUGCCCAGACUGUGGGAAGUGCUACAAGAGUUCUGAUAAUCUGACGUCCCAUCAACGUGUUCACACGGAUGAGAGACUGUUCAGGUGCUCUCAGUGCGGGACUGGGUUCGGGCGGUCAUCGCACCUCACUGCCCACCAGCGGGUUCAUACCGGGGAGAGGCCGUUCACCUGCUCUGUGUGUGGGAAGGGGUUCACACAGUCAACCCACCUGCUGAGGCACCACCGAAUUCACACUGGGGAGAGACCGUUCCAUUGCCUGGACUGCGGGAUGUGCUUCACAAGUUCUGAGGAACUGGUGUCCCAUCAACUAGUUCACACUGAUGUGAGACCGUUCAUGUGUUCUCACUGCGGGACUGGGUUCAAGAAAUCAUUCCAGCUGACUGUCCACCAACGGAUCCAUUCUGGAGAGAGGCCAUUCACCUGCUCCGAGUGUGGCAAGGGAUUCACUCGCUCAUUCCACCUGCUAAGACACCAGCAGGUUCACACUGGAGAGAAACCUUUUAAGUGUCUGAACUGUGGGAAAUGCUUCAAGAGUUCUGGGGAACUAAUCUGCCAUCAACGUGUUCACACUGGAGAGAGGCCAUUCAGGUGCUCUCACUGUGGAACAGGCUUCAGGUUAUCAUCUCAUCUCACUGUGCACCAGCGUAUUCACACUGGAGAGAGGCCGUUUACCUGCUCUGUGUGUGGGAAGACAUUCACUCAGUCAUCUAACCUUCUGGCACACCAGAGAACACACACUGGAGAGAAGCCGUUCGCCUGCCCCGUGUGCAGGAAGAGAUUUGCUCAGUCAUCCAACCUCCUGGCACACCAGCGGAUUCACAGCUAACUGCACUGUUUGCAAUUUGCUAUUAUGGUCACAUAGACUAGGUUCCCUACAGUGUGGAAAGAGGCCCUUUAGCCCAACCGACCCUCCAAAGAGUAACCCACCCAGACCCAUUUCCCUCUGACUAAUGCACCUAACACUACAGACAAUUUAGUGUGGUCAAUUCACCUGACCUGCACAUCUUUGGACUAUGGGAGGAAACUGGAGCACCCGGAGGGAAGCCACACAGACACAGGGAGAAUGUGCAAACUCCACACAGACAGUUGCCCGAGGCGAGAGUUGAACCUGGGUCCCUGGUGCUGUGAGGCAGCAGUGCUAACCACUGAGCCACCAUGCCACCCGAUGUGGAUCUGUUUCUGUUGAUGUUAAUAAUCUAGAGCUCAGUCAUAGGUGUUAAAAUGCUGGUUAACGGUCAAAUAAAUCCGACUUGUGUUGCAUACACUA